AUGCUGCGCCUGACGCGUUGCAGCCUCACCGGCCGCGCGAUGAUCUCGCGUGGGAGUCCGGAGUGGUCGCACCGCCUGGAUCUUAAGCGGGGGAAAAAGAAGACGCUGCUGCACAAGCUCGGCACCAGCAAACCCAACAACGCCCUGCAGUACGCGCAGAUGACGCUGCACGACCUAACAGAGUGGUGCCUGGCGUACUCGCCGUGGCCGCUCACGUUUGGGCUGGCCUGCUGCGCCGUGGAGAUGAUGCACGCGUACGCGGCGCGGUACGACUUGGAUCGCUUUGGCAUCGUCCCGCGUCCCACGCCCCGCCAGGCGGAGAUCAUCAUCGUCUCCGGCACCGUGACAAACAAGAUGGCGCCCCUGCUGCGCAACAUUUACGUGCAAAUGGUGAACCCAAAGUGGGUGAUCUCCAUGGGGAGCUGCGCCAACGGCGGUGGCUACUACCACUUUUCGUACGCCGUGCUGCGUGGGUGCGAGCGGGCCAUCCCGGUGGACUUCUGGAUCCCCGGCUGCCCGCCGUCGGCGGAGAGUCUCGUCUUUUGCCUACACACGCUGCAGAAGAAGAUUCGCUGGCACGAGAUACAAAAGUACUCCGUCCGCGGCUGA